AUGGAACUUAGUGCUAAAGGACUAUAUUUCAUGUACAACAUUAGACAAGUUUUGAUUUCUACUUCAGUAAAGGAAAUGUCACAUUAUUUUGAAACUUUUCUUGUGAAAAGCAGGAAUUUAGACGACAAUGCUAUCCCAGAUAUCCCUGCAGCACCAAUACUCUGUAACACAGAACAAAGACUUCCAGUAGCAACAUAUCCACCAUACAAAGCCAUAUAUGCAGCAGCCCAGGUUCCUUUAACUAUUCCGCCAACGCCAAAACCUAUCAUUCGGACUAUCCAGACAAUUAUUGUUCCCCCAGUAAUAAUAACUAAAAAGAGACAAAUUAAAAGAAAUAUUGCGAUUCCAAUGCCUUUAUAA